AUGUCUGUUGCAAGCCAAAUAUUUCCACCGUGCCCAACCUUCACGGAGAAAAACCUGCCUGAUCUCAUUGGCAAAGUGUACAUCAUCACCGGAGCUGCUGCAGGUAUCGGUCAGGAACUGGCUAAAAUGUUGUACGGAAAGAAUGCAACUGUAUACAUCGCAACCCGAUCCCUCGAGAAGAUCAAACAUGCCAUUGAGGUCAUGCAAGUGUCACAUCCGCAGAGCCAAGGGCGACUCGAGCCUCUCUUGAUUGACCUAGCAGAUCUGGCCACCAUCAAAUCGGCGGUUCAGAAGUUCUUGUCCAAGGAACAACGCCUUGAUGUCCUCUUUCAUAAUGCAGGUGUCAUGGUCACCCCGGUGGAUGCAAGGUCUACGCAGGGCCAUGAACUACAGCUGGGAACAAACGCCGUCGGUCCUUAUCUUUUGACAAAACUCCUUGAGCCUAUCCUGGUGAGAACAGCGAAGCACUUGCCAGCUGGAAGUGUGCGUAUCGUCUGGGUAGCCUCCAUCAUCGCACUGGGGACGCCGAAAGGCGGCAUUGUAUGGGACGAGAAGACUGGUGGCCCAGAUGUUUUAGAUAGCUCGGGGUCGAACUACAUGCAGUCGAAAGCCGGAGUUGUGUUCCUUGGCCAUGAGUAUGCCCGCAAGCUAGGAGAGCACGGCAUCAUCAGUGUGUCACUGCAUCCAGGAAUUCUCAAGACGGAACUGCAGAGGCACCUACCAGCAGUUGUGCGCGGUGUGAUGGUUGAAGCGGGCGCAUACACUGAGAUCUAUGCCGGUCUCUCGCCUGAAGUUACUCUGGAAAAUAACGGGCGAUACAUCAUUCCAUGGGGUCGCUUUGGUCUGUUGCCCGACCAUGUUUCUGUUGGGCUGAGGUCCAAAGAAGAAGGCGGAAAUGGUUCGUCAUUGCGCUUCGCUCAGUGGUGUGGGCAGUUGACCCGAGAUUUCUGCUAG